AAGCCAUACGAAGGCCGAACAACAAGCUGGGACUCCCAAAAGCCAACGCUAGCAAGGAUAGCACGCACACUCGUCGAACAUGUCGCCCACAGUCUCCGCGUCCUCGUCUUCUACGACGCUUCCUACAUCCAUCUCUGCGGCAAGCUCCACAGCAACCUUGGUUCCUAAACGCAACGCAGCGACAUCGCAGCAUUCACCGCCGCAGCAGACGAAGAAUUUUGAGGAAGCUUUCGGUACCUUGUCCGCCUCUUACGGCUGGGGCAUGUCCUCGGACGCAGGCACAACUCGGAGCGCAAAGAACCCUAAGCAAAUGCAGCAAAAGUCGAGCUUCAGCUUCAGCUCUAUUCUGAAGCCAAGGUCAACAUCAUAG